AUGCCUGAAUUGAGCUGGACCACACCUUACACCCCAUAUCAACCUGAAUUAGCCCAAGGAAGACUUGAGUCUUUAUUGAACUUCCAAACAAUGGUCAGUGACUURACAGCCAUGGACAUAGCAAAUUCCUCUCUMCUUGAUGAGAAACGCAAGUUUUAUGUGGACCGCAACUGCCACCCACAAGUCAUUGCUGUAGUGCAAACAAGAGCACAAACACUUGGACCUGACGGGRGUGGAAUUGAAGUUAUCAUUGGGGAUAAAAACUCCUUUGAUUUUUCUGGUAAAGAUGUUUCUGGUGUUCUUUUCCAAUACCCUGAUACCCAUGGACAGAUUGAUGAUUUUUCAAGGCUAGUGGAAAAAGCACAUGAAGGAAAGGCCCUUGCUAUCUGUGCCACGGACCUGCUAGCAUUAACAAUCCUUAGACCACCKGGUGAAUUUGACUGUGAUAUAGCUGUUGGCUCAACUCAGAGAUUUGGGGUUUCACUAGGUUAUGGAGGUCCUCAUGCAGGAUUCUUUGCCAUCAAAGACAAGGGAAACUUGAAAAGAAUGAUUCCAGGAAGAAUGGUUGGAGUGACCAGGGAUGCUCAUGGUAAUUCAUGCUAUCGUCUGGCUUUGCAAACAAGAGAACAACACAUUAGAAGAGAUAAAGCCACAAGUAAUAUUUGCACAGCACAGGCUCUUUUGGCCAACAUGUCGGCCAUGUAUGCCGUGUACCAUGGACCCAAAGGCUUAAAGAACAUUGCUCUUAGAGUCCACAAUGCUACGUUACUUCUUGCUGAAGGUAUCAAACAAGCUGGUCAUCAUGUAGAAGAAUCACAUCCUGUAUUUGACACACUCAAGGUCACUGCAUCURCAGGGGAUGUAACAGAAAUAAUCAACAGAGCACAGUUCCUGGUAUUGUUUCUUUACUCCAUGACCUAUCUUACUCCAGGAAGGGAUGACAUUCACUUUAAAGUACUUUUAAUAGUAAUACUAUUUUGUUACAUUCCACAGGGGUCUUGUACCAUGAAAUUAAACAGUACUACAGAAAUGAUGCCUAUCACRUGGCCUAAAUUUUCUGACAUUCAUCCAUUUGUACCUGUUGACCAGGCGCAGGGAUAUGAGAAACUUUAYCGUGAAUUAGAACAUGACUUUUGCCAGAUAACUGGAUUUGAUGCAGUUUGCUUCCAGCCAAACAGUGGAGCCCAAGGUGAAUAUACUGGACUCAGAGUAAUCAAAGCUUAUCAAGAAGACAUUGGACAAGACAACAGAAAGGUUUGCUUGAUUCCWGUAUCAGCCCAUGGUACUAACCCGGCCAGUGCACAGAUGGCUGGUAUGGAGGUCAAGGUCAUCAAAGUGGAUAGUCAUGGUAACAUUGACCUUGCUGACUUGAAGGAAAAGUCUGAAAAAUACAGCAGUGAGUUGGCAGCAAUCAUGGUUACUUAUCCAUCAACCAAUGGUGUGUUUGAAGCAGGAAUCAGGGAGAUCUGUGACAUGGUUCAUUAUCAUGGUGGCCAGGUCUACUUAGAUGGAGCKAACCUAAAUGCACAGGUUGGUUUGUGCAGACCAGCKGACUACGGUGCUGAUGUUAUGCAUAGUAAUUUGCAUAAAACCUUCUGUAUUCCACAUGGAGGGGGUGGGCCAGGAAUGGGGCCCAUUGGAGUUAAAAAGCACCUUAUUCCAUACCUACCRUCACAUCCAGUCAUGCCUCCUACAUCAACAGUAGCUCCAGGUGCUAAACCCUUUGGUGUAAUAUCUGCCGCUCCAUAUGGCUCAAGUGCCAUUCUGACAAUAUCAUGGGCUUAUAUCAAGCUAAUGGGAGCUAAGGGACUUAAAAAGGCUUCCGAGGUUGCAAUCCUUAAUGCUAACUACAUGGCUACAAGGUUAAGAGAUCAUUAUGAUGUACUAUUUAUUGGCGAUGGUUUCCAUGCUCCAACAGUUUCAUGGCCAGUAUCUACUGCUCUCAUGAUUGAACCCACUGAAAGCGAAAGCAAAGCAGAGCUGGACAGACUUUGUGAUGCUUUGAUUUCUAUAAGAAAUGAAAUCCGUGAUAUUGAAGAUGGCGUUAUGGCAAUAAGAAACAAUCCUCUAAAGAAUGCACCUCAUCCUCAAGAUGUCGUGAUGUCAACCAGAUGGGAAUACCCUUAUAGUAGAGAGGUGGCUGCAUAUCCAGCUCCAUGGCUUAAAGGACACACUAAGUUUUGGCCAGGGUGCUCAAGGGUAGACGACAAACAUGGCGAUCAACAUCUUGUUUGUACAUGUCCACCAAUGGAAAGUUAUGACUAUGAGAAAACCAAGGCAUUCACAUAGAUAUUUAGAUUAAUAAAAGCUUGGCUGAAGUAUUCAUCAUCAUCCAUCAUCCAUCACCAUCACACAGCAAGUUAUGAAAUAACCAUAUCAAGAUUAACAACUUUCGUUUUAGCGGACA